CACUGAGGCCUUGAACGAGGUUCUCGGAUCGUCAAACAGUCCAUUUCAUCCUCUAACUUUUGGAAUCGUAUUGCAAAGUGGAUGCACGACGGACAUAGUUUGCUAAUAACAUUAACUGGCGACGUGAAUCGGCGAACUUCUGGCUCCAGUCAUUCCAAGUUAGACGUAGGAAACAUCUGGUCAACCGGCGCAAGUGAGUUUCUUCUCAAAAUAAAAACAUCACCAUCUGUAAGAAUCACACGUGCUCCUCCAAAAUGGCGAACCAAGAACAGGCAUCUGCUCAAAGCGAUGACCCGGUGCAUUGCGCCUUCUUCUACGGAACCCUCAUGGUCCCCGAAGUCUUCAACACAGUCUGCUACAACAACAAAACUGUGCCCGACAUCAUCGCCCGCCAGCACAAGUUCACGCCCGCCAUCCUUCACGGCUACAUCCGCCGCCGCGUUAAGUUCGCUGACUACCCCGGUAUCACCGAAGACGCCGAGCACACCGUGUUUGGUAUGUUCGCGGAGGGGUUGACCAAGGCAAACCUGGACAAGCUGGAUUACUUUGAGGGAGCUGAAUAUGAGCGCCGGACGGUGAAAGUGAAGCUGCUAGAAAAGGUGGGCGACGUGCAUGGUGAGGGCAACGUCGAAGGGGAGGAGAGGGAGGCGCAGGUUUACGUGUUCCUGCUCGAGCAACAUCUGGAGCAGAAGGAGUGGGAUUUUGAGGAGUUUAAGAGGGAUAAGCUGAAGUUGUGGACGAGGGGCGAUCAUAUCUUUGCAGACUGCGAUCCUGAUAGACCCGCUACGGUAGCUGCUGCCGUGUGAGUUCUUUCGACGAUUUCACGAGGCUAGAGAUAUCUGGGGAGGGAACAUCCCAAUCCAUCACCCAUCAGUUAGAGAUACUAUUGAAACGCAAUCUCGAGAACGUAUCAU